AUGGGUAAGAAAACGCUUCCGACUCUUCCAGCCUUUGUGGUACCGGAAUCUCGGCACAGGCAUCAGGGUAGAGUGAAGAAUGAGAUCAAAACUCAUCAGGAAAAGAAAAAGAAUGAUUCUUCCCUACCGGUAUUGCAGAAUAAGCAUCAUAGACCAUCCAAGGCAACAGAGAUGGAUGCAUUCGCCUAUUGUUCAAAUUAUGGUGAGAAGGAUUAUAAAGAAUACAGAAAGCGGUUCAAAUUGAAAACAGACGAUAAGACGGGAAAUACGAGAGGAAAGUACGACGCUGAAUUUGAGAGGAAGAAGGUUAAAGAUGUUAUCCAUGUGAUUACAACAGUUCUCAAGAGUAAAGGAUUGGAAACGCCUUUUCUGAUAUUGCCGUUCAGACCGAAUGAGAGCGAUGGACUCGUGAAAGAUUUUCUUAAUAUGAUAUUUGACGAUGAUGGCUCCAUUAUCGAGGAGGAAAAGCUUGAAAAAAUAUGCAAUAUUCAAGAUGAGCUCACGUUGAUCACAGUGUUGAAAUUCUUUUGGUGCCGUUUGCCAGGAAACGCUGUUAUCGGCUGGAGAACGUACACUCAGUUUGUGAAAAUGGAGGAAGAUGCCAACUAUCCACCUCGUGCCUUUCUUGAGUUCAUGCCUUCAUGCUUAAGUUCUGGAGCACAUGCUUCUAUAGUGUAUGACUUCUUUGAUCUUUUAGUGGCGAUGGUUAUGAAAUCUCACUAUAAUCAUCUCUCGGCUCGGAAGCUUUCGCGUUUGUGUGGUUUAUGGGCGUUUCAUCCCGUGAGAACUCAUAAGUCAUCUAUUCCAAGUUUUGAAAGAGGCCUAUACGAAUGGAUUCCGGCGGGAGAUGCUGUUUUUCAUCUUUUUUUGGCUUUUGUGAAGGCAAUGCCACCGGAAGGACGUGUAGUUCGUCUUCCGAAACAAUUACAACACAUUCUAAAGAGCAAUAUGUAUCCGCCAACACCUACAGCAGCCUCGGAUGAAUCUAAUACUUCGAAUUAUUCCCAGGAACUUCCGAUGGUCACAUUGAGAGUAAACUACCCGUCAGAGAACCCUGCAGAAAUGCUAUCCAGGGUCUCGAAAACGCUUAAAUUUGAUGAUGCCAAUUUAUACUACACCCGAGAAGACUAUUUAUUGUUGAAGCGUCUUUUCAAGGAUCCAGACAUGAUCAUGAAGAAACUAUCAUCGGAGGGAAGCAGAAUUCUUGACAACGUGUGUCUAUACGACGAAGAUCUGGUCUCAGAUGGUAACUCUCAAAAUGGGAACAAAGUUAAAUAUCAGCUUUUAGCAGGAUGGUCAUUGGAUAUGACUGCUGAAGGUGGGCGAAGAAGAGCGAGAAGAAGUCGAAGUGGUGCAAAGAUGAAAAGCAGCCAGAUGCCCGACUUCUUCACUGCCAGUGUCAGCAGAGUCAGUGUUGAUGAUUACUUCAUUUGGACGUGGAUGGCAUCUUUGGGUCCGGAAGAAACUAAUAUUAAGAAGAAGACAUUUGGAAAAACGUACAUUAUGGAGGCGCAGUUGGCCGAAGGGUUUAAAAAGUGGGUCAUAGUAGAAGAGCAGGAUUUUGAGAGAGACAAAUAUGACGUGGAGAUUGAAAUUAAGCGGCAGAAGUUGCAGGUCCUUGAAGAUCAGAUCAAGGCUGCAAAGGAAAAGGCUGCUAAUGCUGCACUGAAAGAAAGCAACAGUUCGAUGAAUCUGAACAAUUUCACUAAAAAGGUCCUUGCCGAAAAGAGAGCAGAGAAGAUGGACAACAGUCUUCCUCCUCCUCCACCUCCAGCGAAGGACUAUAAGGGGGAAGUGAAAGAUGCGCCUGUUAAGAUUCCUCCCCCACAAGUUGUGGCUGGAGGUAAUGGAGCAGAUGAGGAAUUCAGAAGAGUGCAUAUGUCGGUUUUGACCGGCUCAGGAACGGAAGACAGCACGGAACAGUUUGUGUCGCCUCAGGAUCUUAAUGGUAAUAAUAACAAUAAUAACAACGGCAGGUACCUGAGCCGCCGGCCGCCGGUCCAAGUUGGCUAUCCGCCAGAUCCCUAUGAGAAAAACUUGCCUAUGAUGAAUAUUCCUCAAGGCAAUUACCGGCAUCCACAAUUGCUCACGCAGCAUUUCACGCCUUCGCCUCCAGCCAGCAAGCUUCCACCCACAGGUGCCCCAAUAGGGCAUAAUGGGGAAGUGUAUGGUGGUGGAAACACUCCGUACUUGCAAGAAAGUGGGAUUUCUGAAUCCUCUAGUCCGGGUAACGGCAGUCCUUCUGGUAUAUCGAGUCCUGUAAGCGGCCUUCGAACCCCACAAAUGCAGCAAUCAGGUGACGAUACCUCCACCUACUAUACGGCAGGAUCAACAGUGCCGCCUAUUCGGCAAGGUCAGCCGAGAUUGCUGCCACCUGGGAGCUCUGAAGUUGAGAGUGACGGAAUAGAUGGCAGUGUUAAAGAUUCCAUGGGUUUACGAUCAAGGUCGAACUCGAGCCCAAGACCUCGCUCAAACGCAAACGGGCACUCGAGAAGUCCAAGCCCCUUGGCAGGCGGCAGAUCUGAGCGUACGUCAAAGUUGAUCGACGAUAUUGACGACUUGGAGUCUCAAAUCAAGGAUCUCAUGUCUGAGGACGGGGGUAACAACACAGGUGUGCAGGCAGAUGAGCAGCCAAAGAGUGAGCAAGCUUUGCCGGAUGUGCCUUAUCAGGAUAGGCACCGCAGUUAUCCUAAUGCCGCUCUGCCGGACCACCCUGCGAACACCGGCGGACCAGAUCCUGGAAAUGCGUACCAGAGACCUGUCUCGGCACAACCACGGAUGGUUGCACACAGAGGGGACCCUCGGCACAAUGCCGGAAUCGGCCAAUCGCAGCUCUUGGCUCCUCCACCCAGAACCAUGCCGUACUCGUCUCCUUACAGCAGCUCAGACACGUCUUUCGAAUCGGCCAAAAGCAUGCCUUCCGGCCGGUCUCUCAUGCCGGUGAGAUCUCAAUCGCCGGUGAGAUCGCCUUCUCCUGCAGAAAGGACUCUUCCGGGAAGACCUGUUUCCAGCUACGGAUUUCCUCCUACUGCCAGUGGAUUGUAUCCCCGCCAUCAUCAUCGUGGCCAAUCAAUGGCUGCCCGAGGGUAUAAUGCUCCAAAUAUGGCACCGGUGGCCCCUGGUGCACCAUACUAUGGGAAAAACGGGUCACACUCGAGCAUUUCUAACAGAUGCAGACCUAUCAGCUUCAGUAGUGGUGCUCCCAGUACCUAUUCCGGGCCUCGCAUCUCCCCACCUCCGGCAAGCAGAAACUACUACAACUUCAAUCCAUCGUAUCCAGCACCUGCACCACCUCCGGGUGGAUUUCUGCCUCCGAGCUACCCAAAUUCUGCCUACAGUGCUCCUGUACAAGGUCAAAUCCCUAUGCAGCAGCCCCAGUAUUAUUCCCAAGGUGCUCCUAUCUCGGCCCAGUCUGCACCUCCGCCUACCGCUGGAAUUAUGUCCCAGGGAUUGAUUCAGAAUAUGCCUUCCGGUGGUCGCAUUAACCGGCUUCACGGUGUCCGGCCAACCAAUAAGAAGCAGGCUCGUUCUGCCUUGAUGAGGGGAGAUUUUGGCAUAUGA